UAGACCUUUGGUGCACCGUCAUUCAUCUAUCUGACUCAUCGAUAGACAACACUCGAGCAGCCAUGGCCAAAACAGCUUCUACAUUGAUGGUAUUUCUUGUGUGCCUUUUCCUGGUGGCAGAUGUAUCCUACGGAAUAGAUAGCAUCUGUCUGUUGCCAAAGGUUGUAGGCCGUUGUCGUGCACGUUUCCACAGAUUCUACUAUGAUUCCAAGACACGAAGAUGCGAAGGGUUUAUUUACGGUGGAUGUGGAGGAAAUGCUAACAACUUCAGUACUAUGAAGGAAUGCCUAGAGACAUGCUUGGGAUAUCGAGAGAUUGUUUUCCCAGGAGAUUCUCCUAUCGAGAAACAAUGAUGCGGCGAUUGAACCGUUUUAAGAGCAAAACCCAAACCGAUGUGGUAAAAAUGGAAACCUACAAUAGUUUACUUUAAAGAUUAAACAUACUUAAUUAGCAUGAAACAAA